AUGGGCAAUACAUUGCUAAGAUGUAUGUUAAAAGAUAAAGCAUCAAAUUCUUCAGUCUCUCAUGCCACCAUACCUUCACCAGAACAUCCAUCUGAGUUGGAGAGUUUCAUAUGUAGAAUAUGUGACGAGCCCAAUCUUCCAUCUGAAAUGAAAUUCAAGAAUAAAGACCUUUGCAGUCAUCCAUUCUGUAACAAGUGCAUUGCCAAGUAUAUCCAAGCCAGGGUAGAGGUAGACAGGGUGGGAUCAAUCAAAUGCCCUGGCCUAUGCUGCCAUUUUGAUUUAGACCCAAUUUCAUGUCGUUUAUUUCUCUCUCCUAAUCUUUUCGAAAAAUGGUGUGACAUCUUAUGUAAGAACCAAGUAUUGGGGUUCAAUGAUUGUUAUUGUCCUAAUCCACAUUGUUCUGCAUAUAUCACCAAUGAAUGUGGAGGUGAUGUGAAGAAAUCGAUUUGCCCUAAAUGUAAACAUGUGUUUUGUUUUAAAUGCAAAAUAGUAUGGCAUGAGGGUUUUUCAUGCGAAGAGAGUGUGAUUAUGGAUCCAAAUGAACUUGCUUUUUGGGCUCUUGCGGAAGAAAAUAAUUGGAAGAGGUGCCCUAGAUGCAAACAUACCGUGGAACGUUCAGGAGAUGUGGGAUUAACUUCUGUUAUGCAUGCGGAUUCAGGAGAUGCGUAUGCCAUGUCAUUCGCAGAUAGCUUUGGUUACAUUCGUGAUGAAAAUAUCGUUGUUAUUCGAUAUGGAAAAUGGUAG